CGCCCAUGUAUCCACGUAGAUGGCCAUUUGGUGGGACAGGUUGCGAGGGUGCGGGCAGGGGAUAUCUCUGUUGGCAAGUGGGGAUGACCGCAAGGAGAGCCAGCAGAAGAGGUGAGCGAGGUGUACGAGUAGAUGCGCGCGCGCGGCGAGGGGACAAGCGGACCAAUCGGAGGGAAGGGAUGAUGGAGCUUCAGCGCAGGCUGAGAGAAAUUGUCAGGCACUGUUACGCGGCGAGUCGGCCCGUCCUGAGUCAUUCUCAUGGAUCUCGGCUCGUCUUUUGCUCUCGUACCCUGUCCCGCCUCUUCCCCCGCAGCGAGCACAUCGCAUCCCUCGCUCUCUCACCCUCUCACGAUUCUCCCCCUCCAUCUCGCCGCCUACGUAGUCGCCGUCUUCUGAAAAUCGGUUUCUCUCGUUUCGGGAUCGCGGUCUCAGACGUCGAGGUAACUGCGGCGGGAGCAGAGGUAAACCGCGCGACUCUUGUGCUUUAGUGCGCCGCUGAAUGUCGAAGCUUAGUGACGAACGGAAUCGAGAUAAGGUGACGAGAGGACAUCUUCGUUUUGAGUUUACAAUCGAUCAUCGUCGUGUCUUGUCUGUGCGAAGAAUCGAUAGUGAUCCAUUCAUCAGUAGUGCGGCUGACAUCCUGCCGGAUUCUGCUCGAGACACUGUGGGAUUCUCGCGGGAUCACUUGUUGUUGGAAUCAUUCGGACGGUGCAUUUCCGCCGAAUCGACGCUUCCGUACUCGCGAUUGCGUGGACCUGAGUGCAAUCAGUUGCUUGGAUGCUAUAUCGAAUCUUUUCUCCGGAGGAGUAAUCGCGAGUCGUCCGCGGCUGGUCGAGCAUCAUGGAUUACUCGAAAAAAGUGACUGAAUCUGAGAAUGAAUCUGAUCAGAAGCAAGAAAACGAAGCACAAAUCGAUGCCGCUUCGCCAUCAUCAAGCGUUGAGCUGUCGGAGAACAUCACGCAUCCGUGCCCGAAUUGCCCGUCGGUAUUCUCCAGCUCCCAUGAGUUGACCAAUCACUUGCGCGGCCACAACUCACCGCGUAGCACGGACUGCAGCGGCGAGGAGCUCGACUACAGCUGCAACGUUUGUAACAAGGUGCUCAGCUCGGCGAGUUCGCUGGACCGUCACGUGCUGGUACACUCGAACGAGCGGUCGUUCAAGUCCAAGCACUGCAACAACACGACGACGUAUACAACGAACGGCAACAUGAAUCGACACGCGAGAAACGCCCAUCGUCUGGUGUCGUCGAACAGUUGCACAGAUUCCGAGGGUAGCAGCAGUUCGGAGAGGCCGGCGAUAACGAACCAGGACGAGUACAACAAUAACGAGAUCGCCAGGCGUAACUCGCCGGAUCUGAUCGACGAUCGACACGACGAACCGUCGCCCAGCGAUCGUGCGAGCAAACGGAAAUGUUCGGACGAUAGCAGCGACACGGAGGAGCAGAGGAGUCACAAGAUUCUCAUGAACUCUCGGAUGAUGAUGAGGUGCCGGCCGGAAGAGGAGCAGAAGACAUUCAGCUGCUCUACCUGCGGGCAAAACUUCAUGACAAGCGCGAUAUUGGAGUCUCACAUGGACCGCGUGCAUCCGGAACUCAUGCCCAAGUGCGAGACCUGCAAUCUGUCCUUCAAGAAUUAUCGCGUGUUGAAUCUCCAUCGUACCAUGAAACAUUUCAAGAAGCACACCGACGGCAACAACAGCCGGAAUCUGCGCAACACCGUGGACGGCUUCAAAGAUCUGACGUUCAUCGACUUCUCGUCCGACAAGUUUCCGACGAUCGCCCGGGCGGUGUGCGAGCGGGAGCUGCACCGACCGGCUUCCGGCGAAGUCAACAGGUUUCAAUGCAUGAAGUGUUUGCACGCGUUUCCAUGCAAACAAGCCCAGCUGGCGCACGAGAAGGAAUGCAGAGGUCCGUACAAGAACAAAAGAAACGACAACAACAACAAUAACGACAAUAGCACCAAUAAUAAUUUUGAGACAGAUCUAGACGCGCCGUCGGUUCAGGAUGAUCCCAAAACGAAACAAGAAAUGUUCUUCGCCGUGCUGGAUCUGCAGAAUAAAGCCUCGACGCACGAGGCGAAGGAGUUGAAAGAGUCCAGAGAUCCGAAAGAAAUCAAGGAACCGAGGGAUAUUAAAGAUCUUGCAGACAUUCCAAGCAUUCUGUCCGUCAGCUUGAACUGUCUGCAAACUUUUCCUCGUUCGGACGCCAGCACGCCCGAGAACACCAUCAGGUUCCAUCCGACCGUCAGUUCGUCAGGUUCCUCUGGCACCUGCUCGUCCGAGUACAACGAAGAAGAGGCGCAAGACGCGUUCACCGCAGAAUUUCGGAAGAUGAAAUUGAAGGGCGAGUUUCCCUGCAGAUUGUGCACAACUGUGUUUCCCAAUUUGCGGGCGUUGAAGGGACACAAUCGUGCGCAUAUGAACGUGGAGCCGGGAAUGCCGUAUCCGUGCAACAUGUGCCCUUACACCAGCACCGAUAAAGGAGCCUUGAUGAAGCAUCUGAGAUCGCACAAUGGCGACCGACCGUUCGAAUGCUCCAUCUGCAAUUACGCAUUUACCACCAAAGCAAACUGCGAGAGGCAUGUGAAGAAUCGUCACGGAAUGAUCAGCAAGGAGGAGGUCAAGAACGUGUUGAUAUAUCAUCCGAGUGAAGACUCGACGAACGACAACGUCGAGAGAAGCUCGCCCCGAGUUGUCAGAGAGGACAUGCGAAAGAGUCUCGUUUAUCCGAACGAGCGCGAAGAACCUCCUCCUCAGCAACAGCAAAUUCAUUAUCCGCCCAUACCGUUAGAUUGCAAUCCGGGACCGUCGAAUGUUCGCGCUGAGAUGCUGAUGACUCGCUAUGAGAAGCCGGAGAUGUUCACCAGACCGACUAAGACGCAGGCUCUCAAUCUCGUGAAGAGAAACGCGCAAGAAGCGAACGUAUCUCACGAUCUGAUCGCGAAGCCUAAUUAUUCGAAAGUUGAAGUCGAGAUGAAGGAGGACAUCGAGUCGAGAUCAUCGGAUGGCAGCGUGUCUCUAGUCAGUGAUACCAAUAAAAUAGAUACACACCAAAGAAUUCAAGCUAGUCCGAUGAACUUGACGAAACCUAUUGGAUUGAACUCGGGAGAGGACGGGCCGUUGGAUCUGUCGAUGGAUGUGUUAGAUUUGAGCAGAAAACGGAAGAGAGACAAUGAGGAUAUCGACGGCCACGAAGAGAAACGAUUUAAAAACAAUCAGUCGGAUCUAUACGCUACGAAUCCGGCGUUGCUCCUUACUCAAGCUCUUCUGAACAGAGCUCGCGAGACUUCUCCAACGUCGCUCGAAACUUUCUACGCCAAUACGAUUUAUCGCAACCUCGGCACGUUGACCGGCGCAAGCAUGAUACCUUCGUACUUUUUGAACUCUCAUAUGUUCAAUCAAGACUUGGCUGCGAAAAAUAGACUACAGAAGGAAUUGGUGAGAGGCUUGCAGUUAACGGGCGGUGGUACUCUUCCGGUAGAUACAGCAAUUCCUAGCACCAGUUACGCUUAUCCGCAAACAAGAGACGUCACCACUUCGCAGGCACCGAGCGAACAGUGUUAUCCAAAUCUGAUGACCAAUCAGACCGCGCCAAAUCGUGUAAUCGAAAAACCGGACGUUAUAUCGUCAAAUGAUCCCGUCAAGAUGGUACUGAAGAAUGGAGUGUUAAUUCCUAAGCAGAAACAACGCAGAUACCGUACAGAAAGACCGUUCAGCUGCGACCAUUGCUCGGCUAGAUUCACACUGAGGAGCAAUAUGGAGCGUCAUAUUAAACAGCAGCAUCCCCAGUUUUGGAGUCAAAGACCUCGCGGAGGACAUUCGACCAGAGGUAGACCGCCCGCAAGUCUCAUGACGCAAAAUUCGAAUUCGUCGGCAUCGCAAGCUCAACCGAACAUUCUCAAACUCGAACCGCCGAUGGUUACAUCGGAUUAUAACUCGCAUCCUAUCUCGAAUCAAGUAAAAUACGCAAUUCUGGCGCAACAAUUGAAAGCUAAGAUAGACGAUAACGAUUCGGAGGACGAGAUGGUGAUAGACGAGGAGGAAACGGGUGACAGGGAUGUUCAGGAAUCGCAAACUCAGCACGAAUCCGGCACGAGCUUGCUGAGAGAUCAGUUGGAAAGUAGCGAUGAUACCAAAGACGUCGUGGUGAAGACAGAAAAAGACACCGAGCUUGUCGAGGAGAGCUUAAAAGAGUCUCGUACUGAACAGACUACUCAAAAUGACGUUGACAAAGUCAAUUCGGAAGAAUCCGAACCUGUCGAAAAGAAACCACGUAUUACCGAAGAGGAAAACACGAAGGAAUCUACUGGAAGAGAACAAGUCAAGCUCGAAGACGGAGCACCCGAUCUCGCGAGCGUUUCGAAGCUUCUUGACAACGCGUCUCAGCAAUAUCAACAAUUUAAACCGCAGUACUUGAGCGACGAGGAAGGACCGGUGGCUUCGACUAGCGGCAACAACUCCGGUAGCGAAAAGUCCGAUUCUAUGAACUCGAACUCUAAUAACACCUCGUCGAACAAGAAGAAAAAGAAGAAGAAGUCCGCUUACUCGUUGGCACCGAAUCGCGUGAUAUGUCCCUUCUGCGAGCGUCCGUUCCCCUGGUCCUCGUCACUGAGACGCCACAUUCUCACUCAUACCGGCCAGAAGCCGUAUCAGUGCAAACACUGCUCGCAUCAUUUCACGACCAAGUCCAACUGCGAUCGCCAUUUGUUGAGAAAGCACCGAGCGAAGGCGAAUAAAACGCGCCAAGCUAGAAAUUCCUCCUCGCCGGACAUCCAGGUGGUCGCCAGCAGUAGUGUCGCCGCCACCACUAACAACGCAUUUUCUAUGAGGAACGUGCCCGAGAGACCGUUCAAAUGCAAUCAGUGUCCGAGCUCGACGUUCUCCACGUUGGGCAAUCUGAAGAAGCACCGAUCGACCAAACAUCGCAAGACUGUGUCCAGGUCGGAGUCCAGCGAUCAGCAAAACAGUCCGCCGCAGUGUGCCGCGCAAAACGAUCAGAGCGA